GACGUCGACGCUCACGAUCAUCCUCAUCGUCAUCCUAUCAAGCAGCACGUAAGAAAAAAACUUCAAAGAAACGAAAAGACGUCGAAACCGUAAGUGCGAGCUCUUCUGCCACCCGUCAGCAACCCAAACGCCUUGCCAGAGAAGACUCUGUGCUUGCGGGAGCCACGAGUAAUCUUGGGCUCAGUUCCAGUUUCAGUUCUCGUUCCAGCUAUGGCAUAAAGGAUCUCCAUCUUUCUGCAUCUGUGUUCGCAACAGCAGAUAUGGAGGCGUUAAACGUGAUCUUUAUUCCGGCUUCUAGUGCAGAAGAAGUCAUACCUGAUAUUCGAGUCACUGAAUUUCCGGAGCAGUACAUUCUCCCUAAUAUUAAUCGUCAAAUACUUGCAAAUGGAGAAUUGGAUGUUCGCCGACUUGAAGGCAUCUCAAAACCAAAGGUUCAAACAUUUCUUAACAAGUUGAAUAAGGUUGUGGUGAAUGGUAUGCAGGCGAUUGGCACGGAUGAAUCCUUUACCGACACAUAUGUAGAUAAUCUACUUCGUAUUUCUAAGCUAGAUAUAUUCCCCUUAGGGAUCAGGAAUCGACCGCCACACAAAUUAUACAUCCAGGAUGUUGCAUGCGUGACAUCAGUCCCUGAUUUCGUAAUCGAGAAGAAAAAUAAUAAAAACCGUGAUAUUAAUAUUGUUGUGAUAGGGGACAAACACCUGAGAAGUAUUGGGCCAAGCAAUGGAUUUGGAGAAACACAACUCGCAGCAGAGAUUCUCGCUUCUGGUAGUGAGAAUAUACGUACCAUUCGCGAAUAUAGAGAUCAGACGUUAUGGGCAGUUCGUAUAAUAUCCACAUAUGUUACGUUUUAUAAAGCAUUGAUACCUGCGGUGUAUUGGGAGGAGCUUGGUAAAAAUUUGCCAAAAAAACAGUCAAUUACGAUUCAAAGAUGGCCGGCUAAUUUCAAGACUAGUUUCGAUUUUGCUCAACCGGAAGGAAGACGGGAAGUGUUUACAGCGUUAGCUAAAAUUCGUGAAGCGCUUUUACGAGAAGAGGGAGAAUAA